AUGGGUCCUGGUCCAGCAGAGAGUCUGCGAGCGAGCAAAAAACCUAAACCUGUGAUCACAUCAAGUCCUGAAGGAGACGUCCUGACAGGAAACUCAGUGACUCUGACCUGUACACUGACACCACAGUCUACUGGAUGGAGGUUUUACUGGACCACACCCACACAGAGCACUGAGACUGUAACACACUCCUCCUCCUCCUACCCCUCCUCCUCCGACCACACCAUCAGCUCAGUUAGUGUCUCUGAUGGAGGUCAGUACAAGUGUAGAGCUGGAAGAGAAGUCACAGACGACUACACAGACUACAGUGAGACACUCUCACUAAGUGUUACUGAAAAACCCAAACCUGUGAUCACAUCAAGCCGUACUGGAGACGUCCUGACAGGAAACUCAGUGACUCUGACCUGUACACUGACACCACAGUCUACUGGAUGGAAGUUUUACUGGUAUAAAGACAACCAACAGCUUAAGGCGGUGACUGUAACAAACUCCUACACCUUCAUCCCAGUGUUCAGAGGAGAGAGUGUGACUUUCAGGUGUGACAUACAGACAGGAGGAGACACUGAGUGGACAUACAGCUGGUAUAGAGACAAUAGCCCAGUCAACCCAGACAUCAGCUCAGUUACAGACACUCACGGGGGUCAAUACACCUGCAGAGGGACGAGGAAAAGUGACUCUCAGCUCUCACAGAUCAGUGCUCCUGUUACACUCUCUGUAUCAGAAAAACCUAAACUUCAGUUCACAUCAAGUCUUGGAGACGUCCUGACAGGAAACCCAGUGACUCUGACCUGUACACUGACACCACAGUCUACUGGAUGGACGUUUUACUGGGAGAAAAACAGUCAAUCUAAGACUGAGACUAAUACACACACCUACACCUUCAGCCCAGUUAGUGUCUCUGAUAGAGGUCGAUACUGGUGCUAUGCUAGAAGAGGAAACCCAGUCUACUUCACACACUACAGUAAUGCACUCCAGUUAGACGUUACUGUGAGUCCUAAACCUGUGGUGAAUAUAACGCCUGACAAACAGGUGUUCAGAGGAGAGAGAGUGACUUUCAGAUGUGACAUACAGACAGGAGGAGACACUGAGUGGACAUACAGCUGGUAUAAGAAUGAUAACACACAGACCCCACACCGCACAACACAGGAGUUUACAGACCAUUAUUAUUACUCCAGUGGUAAAUACACCUGCAGAGGGACGAGGAAGAGUGACUCUCAGCUCUCACAGAUCAGUGCUCCUGUUACACUCUCUGUAUCAGAAAAACCUAAACUUCAGUUCACAUCAAGUCUUAAAGGAAACGUCCUGACAGGAAACUCAGUGACUCUGACCUGUACACUGACACCACAGUCUACUGGAUGGACGUUUUACUGGACCACACCCACACAGAGCACUGUGACUCAUACACACACCUACACCUUCAGCCCAGUUAGUGUCUCUGAUAGAGGUCGAUACUGGUGCUAUGCUAGAAGAGGAUCCCCAGAGUACACCACAGACUACAGUAAUGCACUCCAGUUAGUAGUUACUGAUGAGCCUAGCUGUCCUCACUGUCUGCUGCAGGGUCUGUGGUCUGAGACAGUGCAGUUUCCCAAACCAGGCAGUGAUGUGAGGAAGGAGAUGAGCUCUCAGCGGCUCAAGAGUCCUAAACCUGUGGUGAUUAUAAAGCCUGAUACACAGGUGUACAGAGGAGAGAGAGUGACUCUCAGUUGUACCAUACCAAGAGACACUGAGUGGACAUACAGCUUGGAUAGAGACGGUGGAACAGUCUACUCGUCCCACACAACAAAGGUGUUUACAGUUACAGACUCUGACGGGGGUAAAUACACCUGCAGAGGGACGAGGAGAAGAGACUCUCAGCUCUCACAGAUCAGUCAUCCUGUUACACUCUCUGUAUCAGAAAAACCUAAACCUGAUCUCACAUCAGACCCUAAAGGAGAAACACUGACAGGAAAAUCAGUGACUCUGACCUGUACACUGAAGCUGCAGUCGGCUGGAUGGAAGUUUUACUGGAAGAAAGAGAGACAGAGCAACGAGACUGAAACUGCAGCAAUCUCUGACAACUCCUCCUCCUCCUUCCACUACUACUCGCACUAUAACAUCACGCCUGUUAGUGUCUCUGAUGGAGGUCAGUACAGGUGCAGAGCUGGAAGAGGAAACCCAGUCUACUACACACACUACAGUGAUGCACUCUGGGUAAAUGUUACAGUGAGUCCUAAAGCUGUGGUGAGGAUAAACCUUGAUAAUCAUGUGUUCAGUGGAGAGAAAGUGACCCUCAGGUGUGACAUACAGGGAGGAGGAGACAGUGUGUGGACGUACAGCUGGUAUAAGAAUAACACACUCCACCCAAACACAACACAGGAGUUCAACCUCAGCUCAGUUACAAUUGAUAACGGGGGUAAAUACACCUGCAGAGGGAGGAGAAGCAGUGACUCUCAGAGCUCAGAGAUCAGUGACGCUCUUACACUCACUGUAUCAGACCCAGCAGAGACAGUAGUGAGUGUGUCUCCACUGAGCUGGCUGACUGAAGGAGACUCAGUGACUCUAAGCUGUGAGGUUAAACACUCCUCUACAGGCUGGACAUUCAGCUGGUACACAGAUGUUCCCUACAGAGACAGUCAGGGUUCCCUCAGGUACAGGACAGCGCUCCUCUCAGACAGCAGCAGAGGAUCUGGAGGCUCCUACACUCUCAGUCCUGUUACUCUAAAUCACACAGGAGUUUAUAUGUGCAGAGCAGAGAGAGGAGAACCAGUCUUUCACACACACUACAGCAAACCACAGCCACUGUGGGUCACUGUUGAGUCUCCUCCAGUGUCUCUGAUCAUCAGUCCCAGCAGAACUCAACACUUUACUAAUGACUCUCUCUCACUGAGCUGUAAGGACCAGAGAGACUCUACUGGAUGGACAGUGAGAGGACACACAAAUGAGACACUGUUUAAUUGUUCAUCAGUUUCAGGAUCUACAUGUAACAUCAGCUCCCUCUCUACAUCACACACUGGAGUUUACUGGUGUCAGUCUGAAUCUGGAGGACGCAGUAAUUCUCUCAACAUCACAGUGCACAAUGGUGAUGUGAUCCUGGAGAGUCCUGUCCAUCCUGUAACUGAGGGAAAUCCUCUGACUUUACGCUGUUUAUAUCGCAACACAAAGAUCUCAGACUCUGGUGCUGUUUUCUAUAAAGAUGAUUCAGUUCUCCAGAAGCAGACUACAGAAGAGAUGACCAUCAGUAGUGUCUCAAUGUCACAUGAAGGUUUCUACCACUGCACACACCCAGAGAGAGGAGAGUCACCGAAAAGCUGGGUUUCAGUCAAAGUUCUCUCACAUGAAAAAGCCCCACAGUCGGUACUGAAGCUCCUCAGCAGUGUGGUAGCGGCCUCUCCGUAUGUGCUGGUGACCAUCAUUCUGGCAGUGAAAUGUUACAGAGCUCGAACUGAACCUACUGAGGACAAAAGACCAGACACAGUGAUUGAGGCCGAAGCAUCAUCCUGAGUCUUUCAGUCACGCUGUUUGUUGUUUUUUUAAAUAAAUUAGCUUUUUAAAAACAACAGUCCCAAGUGUAACAUACAACAUUUGUGCAUGUGCUCAGUCACUAAGUGUAGUUUUGGUCAUGUGGCGUCUGUAAGGUGGUUUGUUAUUUUGCACGCGUGUUUAUUAUUACAUUGUGACCUUGUGGGCGUAAAGCAAAAGCAAGUGUCAUUCGAGAGGUUCCUUGUUAAAGAUCCACAGUUUAUC